GAGACGAAGUAACCAGGAAGUGUCCCAGCGAGAUAGUAAUCAGACGUUUCUGCUCGCCGUUCCUGUUAUGAAACAGCUGUGUACCACCCUUGGAAAACUGACAGGGUUCUUUACUGUCCUCAUUGUUGUCAUUGCCGCCGUUUUGACGUAUUUCGACGACCCUGAGACGGAUAAAUACAUCAGCAUGGCUGAGGACAUAAAGACUCUGGAGGAAAACUUCAGGCAGCAAAAUAAAAGCUGCUUCAUCCUCGGCGCCUCUGGGGAAACUGGAAAGGUGCUGGUUCAAGAGCUGCUGGAGCGAAACAUCUUCUCUAAGAUCACUCUCAUCGGAAGGAGACAGCUCACCUUUGAGGGCAAAGCCAAUGAACAAUUGGUACAAGAGGUGGUGGACUUUGAGAAGCUUGAUGAUUAUGCUGCCGCCUUCCAGGGCCAUGAUGUUGGAUACUGCUGCCUGGGAACAACCAAGGCAAAAUCAGGAACUGAAGGAUUUAUCCGUGUUGAUCACGACUACACUGUAAAAUCAGCCGAGCUCGCAAAGGCAGGAGGCUGCUCUCAGUUCCACCUUCAGUCCUCCAGAGGAGCUGAUAAAAAAAGCAGCUUCCUCUACCUUAAAGUCAAGGGUCAAGUGGAAGCAGAAAUUGAAGCACUGGGUUUUGACCGAUAUUCCGUUUAUCGACCAGGGGUUCUGUUGGUCGACAGGCAGGAGAGUCGGCCUACCGAGUGGCUGGCCAGGAAAUUCUUGAACGGCUUCACGUCUGUGUGCUCCACGUCCAUGGCCAUCCCAAUCCAAGUGGUGGCCAAAGCUAUGGUGUCAAACACUGUGCUUCAACCGGAGCAGAAGGCGGAGAUCCUGGAGCACAAAGACAUCAUGGCUGUGGGAAAGAGUGCAGAGAAAUAAGAGAGAGCAAGAAAUACACCUAGGUGAGACAAAGUAGUACCAGAUAAACACUGGAUGUUGAAGCACUGUUCCCUGGUAUGCAAUAUGCCCAUAUUGAACUCAAUUACACCAACUCUGAUGACUUAAUGCACGUUUAACUAGUGUGACAGUUGAUAAAACAAAGGAGUGGUAACUACCUGCACAACUCUAAUUAAACUCUAAGGUCUUAGUUGUUGUUAGUGGGGGGGGGUCACUUUGUCUGCCCAUUACGCCUUUGCAGUAUUCAAAUGUUGGUACCGAGCAGGAUAUACAUUGUUCCAUAGUGUUUAUAGCAUUGUAUUAUGUAGUGUUGUCAGGUGUGUUUCUUUAUUGUUUGUCUCAUUUCACUUUUAUGUGGGACUACAGAUGGAAAUAAGAGACUCGCUAAAUCUGGUGCAACCAUGUUUUCAUUUUUCUUUGCAUAAAUGAUCAAUGUCAUUGCACACUGUCCCUUGAUAAAUAUAUAUCAUAUAUGUAUAUUCAUUCUCUAAAACAAGGUUUUUUUUUUAACAUAUCCUUGUACGUCAGCCUCAAAGUUUUCCAAUGAAAUGGUCACUCUACUCCAUGUUUAAUCAGAGAGAAAACCUGAAUGGUUGUAGUUCUCAGAAUGCCAUUCAGUUGUAACUCUGUCAACCAAACGUUAAUAUAUUUAUAUUUUUUAAUUUCAGGUAAUUUAAGCAGCUACAGAGACGACUCUGAAAAUACAAGUUCAUAUACUCACAUGAUCAUUUUACAUUCAUUUAUUCAGGAUUUCUGAAACUGUCAGAAAAUCAAAGGUUGUCUAGAACUGAACUGUUUUCAAUCUGCUAAAGUUUUCAUAUUUAUUCUGUGUUCAAGUUUAAUCUCUUUGGUUUUGAAUGGAGUUGUUGUAUUUUUUCAGGGAACUGUUGCCGACUUUUUUCAUGACCAUGUGUGCUCUCAAACAUUGCACUGAACUGCCUUAAAGGAAAUGCUUUUAUUGAAUCUAUACUAGAUUCAUUAUGUAACAUUUCUACGCUUCUAUAAAAUAAUAUAGAUAUUUAACUGUGUUUGGGGAAAAAACAUAUUUAAAUGUAUCACUAUCAAUGGUAUCUUGUGUCAAUAUGUGCUUUACUAAAUCUGCAAUUUAUGGUAUAUUAAGAGCUAAAGACAAAUCUGUGCUGUGAUACCGCAUUUUGCAAGUAAUGUUCAUGUUUAUUCAUUUCUGACAAAGCAGAUAUAAUGCCAUGCAUAGGACAUACACAUGACUAUAAUUUACAGAGUUAUGUAAUGAAGGGAGCAGUUUCAAAUUAACACUGCUGAUGAUGUUUUACUUACAUGUUUAUAAAGCUACAUGUUGGACCUAGAAAAUGUUCCACAGCCAAUGUGUCUCAGUUGUUUUGUGAUAAUGAAUUUUUAAAACCAUUGAUGCUAUUUUGGUGCUAUGUUUUUUUUUUGUUGUUGUCAAAGACGAAACAUGUUCUUGAAACAAUAUCCUAAGAUUGUGUUAGCCAUGUCAAAUAUCCAGAGCAUCAUGUAAAUCACCACAGAAAAUGUGUUGAAUUCAGGAUGCUAAAUUCAAAUUUACAAUAGCUGUUUUUUUCUGCUUCAAUCACUGAAUGUUUAUCUUCUCUGGAUUCUGUUGUUUUGAUGUAUUUCAUUUCCCCAUUGAAAGCGCUUGGAAUUUAAAAUAAACUUGCUUGAUUUCCUUUA